AUGGACGACGACGCGGAGAAGCACCCAAUCCCGCUCUUCUACCGCAUCGUGCUCCUCUACAUCGAGCCCUUGUUCGCGCUCAACGGCGCAUUUCUCUGCUUGGCGUCGCCCUCACACUUUCUCGACGCCGUAUCACCUCACCACCCCGUCGCCAACACAGCCUCCAUUGUCGCGCUCGCCGCGCCCUCCUCCCUGUCGCACAGCAGCAGCAGCAGCAGCAGCAGCAGCAAUGGCGACGAUACGCUGCGCAACGUGCGCAUCCUCACCGACAUGCUCGGCAUCAUGCAGCUCGUCUUCGCCUUCAACCUCGCCGUGACGCUGCGCGUGGCCGGCACCCAGACCAAGAUCUGGCGCGUCAUGUGCGCGGGCAUGCUGCUCUCCGACCUCCUGCACAUUGCCGUCUCGGUGCGCGAGUACGGCGCCGGCGGCGUUGGGGGCCAAGGCGUCGGCGUCGGUGCGUGGCGCCUGACGGAUUGGAUCAAUUUUGGCAUCCUCGUCGGUAUGGGCGUCGUGCGUUUGGGCGCCGUGCUGGGCAUCGGCAUCCACGAGAGGAGAGAGAGGAAGGACCACAAGAGCAAGAUAUCAUGA